AUGGAUUCUGGACAUAAUUCUGGGUUUAGUCAACUUUUCGGCCAGCCAUCUGCCUUGGUGGUGCCGAGAGAUUCUGACUCUAACGAUUCGCAGAAAAAGUUGAAAAUUGGUGUCGUUUUGUCGGGAGGCCAGGCACCUGGAGGGUACAAUGUCAUUUCUGGAAUUUUUGAUUACUUGCAGGAGCGUGCUAAAGGCAGUGUAUUGUACGGUUUCAGGGGAGGUCCAGCUGGAAUCAUGAAGGGCAAGUAUGUGGAAAUUACACCAGAAUAUAUUUACCCGUACAGAAACCAGGGUGGUUUUGAUAUGAUAUGUAGUGGAAGAGAUAAGAUUGAAACUCCAGAGCAGUUUCAACAAGUUGCAGAUACUGCCGCGAAGCUUGAUUUGGAUGGACUUCUUGUUAUUGGUGGGGAUGACUCGAACACAAAUGCCUGCCUCCUUGCUGAGAAUUUCAGGGGAAAGAAUUUGAAAACUCAGGUGAUUGGGUGUCCAAAAACCAUUGAUGGUGACUUGAAAUGCAAAGAAGUCCCAAUAAGUUUUGGGUUUGAUACUGCUUGCAAGGUGACUGCAACUAAAAGAAAUUUUUUAUCACUUGAACCCUUAAAUUUCUUUGUGGAUCUUGCAACUUCCAUUCAGAAAGGAAGUUUAGAUUGGGAGAGAUAUUUGCGUUGUAUAAGACAUGCUUUUUGCACCACUCCAUCUCCUGAUUGGUGGAAACGUGUGCUGCUUGUCGUUCCAUGCCAUAGGUCUCAAACUCAAGCACCUACUCCGGGUGUUGUUUUCAGUUCUGAAAUGAUUUGUGAGGGAACAAUUGAAAGAUUUGUUGAGCUAUUGAAGUUAACUUACUCUAGCAAGACUUUCACUAAUUUAAUUUUUUAUAAAUAUGUAGAAGAGGUUUAA